GAUAAGCUUGCCGCGUUCUGCGCUCUAGCUGCCGCUUCCUUCAUCCCAGAUCUGUCGACGACCGGCCUCUAGUCUACCAUAAGGCGGGCCGACUAUCUCCACUGUGUACAGAGGCUGAUGCCAGCGUGACUAUGUCUGUGUUGCGGACACGCGGUGUCGGCGGCCCUCGCCAUGACGACGCUGAGCCUUUCGUGAUCCAAGGCGAUGUCUUCAUCCUGGUCCUCAUCGUCCUGGCGUGCGGCUGGAUAUGGAACUCGUCGUUCCGCAGUCGACCGCCGCCCGUCGCUGCGGAGGCCAUGCAGCGCCAGCUCGACGCAUGUCCCUUCACCAUUCGCCAACUGAACAAGACCACAUACCUAAUCCGCGAGCUUGAUCGCUUCGACGAAAACCCCCACAUCUACGUGAAGAAACACACCCAAACCGCCCCCGACGGACGCACUGCAACCCUCCUCCUCGUCACCGACACCGGCUGCGGCACGACGACGCAGAGCCGGACCUCCAAGACCGGCCGCUGGGACAUCCGCUCCUUCAUCGACCACCACCUGAACUCGACGCUGUCCAUCCCCUACCUGGUCCUGCUCUCCCACUGCCACUACGACCACAUCCUGGGCUUACCGUCUAUCCUGCAUCCGGCGAAGACCCCCGGCCCGCCUCCCCCUCACACCCUCAUCGCGUCCUCAGCCUACGCCCCAGCUUUCCUCGAGCCCCGCGCUACUCUGCGCACGCACUCGCUCUGUAAGUCGAUGAACCUGCACUGUCCCGCGUACACCACAUCGCUGUGGGCGGGCCACAAUGCGCCGCUGGUCGUCGCGCACCCGCGGCUUUCUAUCGUGCCGAUGCGUGUUCCCGCUAUCACGCUGCAUACACCAGGCCACACGCCGGACAGUCUUAGCUGGUUCGAUGUGGAGGAGCGCGUGUUGUUUGUCGGAGACGCCGUGUACGAGGGCGCCCCGAUUCUGUUUCCUAGCGAGGGAGAUUUGAGCGUUUGGUGGCGCAGUCUGGGGAUGCUGAUUCAGUUUGUUGGUGAGCGGAAUUCAGAAGAGGGCGAGAGAAUUGUGUUGGCGGCGGGGCAUGGGGUGGUGGGGGCAGAUGCGUUGGAGUGUUUGGUUGCGGUGAGGGCGUUUAUUGCGCGGGUGCUGAGGGACGAGGUGAGAUUUGAAGAGCAGGGGUUCAAGAGAGGGGAGCGGUUUGGAGGCUGGGGGGAGGAGGGAGGGAGAUUCAGUCUGGGAGCGCCAGUGAGGGUUGUGCAGGAGGGGAGAGAGGGGAUUCCGGAAGAGGAGUGGAGGGGAGAUGUUUGA